UUUUUACAGGCAAAUUGUAUAACGGGGGUGUUUUUUCUAGUGGCUAUGUUUUAUGAGAAUUGGAGGUUGGGUCUGGUAGCUGUUAUUUGUACUAUAAUAUCAACGUUAACGGCCACAUUGGCAAGAUUCAAAGAGGAGAAUAUUAUGGAUGGUCUCUAUGGGUUUAACGCAGCUUUAAUUGGGUGUGCUUUGGUAUUUUAUUUUGAAUUUAAUUUUUUGGUGGUGGUUUUUUUUGUUAUCGGAUCAAUAUUGUCAACAUUUGUAAUGGAGGUAUUUUUAAGAAAUAAGCUGCCCUCUUAUACAUUUCCCUUUAUUGGUGUUACAUGGGUACUAUUGGUGAUAAUGAGAAAUGAAAGAGUUCCGGUUUUUGAGAAAGCUCCAUCAUCCAUUAUAGAUUAUACAGUAUUAGAUGACUAUUCGAUGCCCUGCCACUCCUAUGGUCAAGUUAUAUUUUUGGGUGAUGCUAUCAGCGGUCUAUUGGUGCUUGUUGGGUGCUAUAUAAGUACACCUAUUGGUACUAUUUACGGGAUAGUUUCCACUAUUAUUAGUCAGGGUAUAUCGGUCUAUUUUGGUGCUCCUUUAUCCGCUAUACAUGCUGGUCUAUAUGGGUUCAAUGCGGUACUGGUCGGAGUUGCAUUAGGGGGUAAAAAAACGAUUGAUGGUCUUUAUGUGUUAAUAGCAUUGAUCAUUUCGAGUUGUUUCUAUGUAAUGGUAGUGGAACAUAAUUUCACAGGUUUAACAUUUCCUUUUGUGUUGGGUUCUUGGUUUAUACGUUUAGUUAAAUAUAUAGUA